AUGAAUCGGCGUGAAUUUCUGAUCGGGGCAGGUAUUGCCGCAGGCAGCGGCCUGACUGCAGCUGCGAUGAUACCCGGCAAACUCGAAGCCGGAUUGCAACUUGCGCAAAACGCGAUUGAAAGUCACGACGAGCCACUGGUCAGGAUUACUUUUCAACGGGAUCUUGAGCAGGCCGAGCCCUGGGCGGAAAAACUGAUAACAGCCGCCGAAGACCAGAUCGGAGUAACGCUGAUCUACGACCCGGCUUAUGUUGGACUGGGUUUUCCCAAUGGUGACCUGCCGCGCGAACGUGGCGUUUGCACCGACGUCAUCGUCCGGGCCUAUCGCGAUGCCUUCGGUUUCGACCUUCAAAAAGAGGUCAAUCGCGAUAUGAAAUCGCACUUCAGGGCCUAUCCGAAGAUGUGGGGCCUCAGGCGCCCGGAUCGGAACAUCGAUCACAGACGGGUCCCGAACCUGCAGACCUUUUUCAAAAGACAGGACGCUGCGCUCCCGGUCAGCAACCGCGCGUCAGACUAUCUGCCCGGAGACGUUGUCUCGCAGAUGCUGCCUGGCAACCUGCCGCAUAUUGCGAUCGUCUCGCACUACCGCUCACAGGAUGGCAACCGUCAGCUUGUCAUACACAACAUCGGUGCCGGUACCCGCCUGGAAGACAGGUUGCUCGAAUUCCCGAUCACCGGCCGUUACCGUUUCAAGCCGGGUGUCAGCAGCUGA